GCGGGGCGGGGGCGGGGCUGCCUCCGCCUCCGCGGCGCUCCGAGACUGGCGGAGAGCGGCCGGCCCGGCCCGCGGCUCCAGCACAGCGAGAGCCGCCUCGGCCCGGCCCGCAGCCGGCCUGCCAGGCGCUGCCUACACCCGGUGAGAUCCCGGGCAUGGGGACCGGGGGCUGCUUGGAGCCAGCCUGGCGGGUUCCCUGGGGCUCGAGGUCAGAUGUUUCCAUCAGCCGGGAAGAAGAGUGGAGUUGGGACCUGCUAAGUGCUGAUCAGCUUGUGCCCCGGACCAUGGACUCAUUGAGAGCAUCCCAGGUGUGAAAAUGUCCAGCGGUAACCGGGAGUUAGUGAUUGACUUUGUUUCCUACAAGCUCUCGCAGAAGGGAUACAGCUGGAGUCAGCUCGAGGAGGAGGAUGAGAACAGGACUGACUUUGCAGGGGAGGAGGCCGAGCUGGACGGCGUCCUCAACGGGAGCCCCUCCUGGCACCCCCCGGGCAGCCACGUAGUGAACGGAGCCGCCGUGCACCGGAGCAGCCUCCAGGUCCACGAGAUGGUCGGAGCGGCCGCCGUGAGGCAGGCGCUGAGGGAGGCGGGGGAUGAGUUUGAGUUGAGGUACCGGCGGGCGUUCAGCGACCUCACCUCCCAGCUCCACAUCACCCCCGGCACGGCCUACCAGAGCUUUGAGCAGGUGGUGAACGAACUGUUCCGCGACGGAGUGAACUGGGGCCGCAUCGUGGCUUUCUUCUCCUUCGGAGGGGCUUUGUGUGUGGAGAGCGUUGACAAGGAGAUGCGGGUACUGGUGGGACGCAUUGUCUCUUGGAUGACCACGUACUUGACCGACCACCUAGACCCCUGGAUCCAGGAGAAUGGCGGAUGGGAGCGCUUUGUGGACCUCUACGGGAACGAUGCUGCUGCCAAGGUGAGGAAGGGUCAGGAGACCUUCAACAAGUGGCUCCUGACCGGGGCGACGGUGGCCGGGGUGCUCCUGCUGGGAUCCCUCCUGAGCCGCAAGUGAGCGGCGCCGGCCGCGCCCGCUCCGCCUCCGACACUCCGCUGCCGAGCACCAGCGCGGGCCCCGGGACGGCUCCCGCCCGCCCCCCGGAGCUCUCUCCCCAUCGUGCCGCCAGCUCCUUUCCUCGUAGCCCCCUCUUAUUUACCGUUCCGUUGUGUUUUAAAGGCGCCGAGGCCGCUGCAGCACUUGAGCCCCCAGCUCCCGGCGCUGGGGAGGUCCGGGCAGCCGGCGCUGGGGAGGGAGGGGGGUGGGACUGGCUCCGCGGCGUCCCAGCCCCACAGGGUCCUCUAGAUCACUUGGAAGAGAAUAAACAGAGUUAUUUUUGCGUGUGUGAGUGCGUGGGUGUGUGUAGAUGUGUCACUAAUAUAAGGUUCCCCAGCCAGAGCGAGGGUCCAGGCUCUGUACCCCCCGUCUCUGGCACACUCAGGCCCCAAAGGGGCAAAGCUGCCCGAGGGGAGGGGGCUCCCCGCAGCUUCACCCCUCCUCCCCCCACCCCUGAGCACGGGGGAAACCAAGGAAAGGGGCAGAAGCCGGAGGCAACGAGCUGUGCUGUGGUGUCAGCACCCUCUCCCCCAGGCUGUCAGCUGCUGGGAGCCUCAGGAUCACCAUCAGGUGCAGGCCUGUGCCCCUUAAAGAAAUCCUCCUCUUCCUCCACCUGAAUGUAGUUUGCCCUGGGGCAGCACGUCCCUCCCCACAUCCCUCCUCACUUCUGCUCCUCCCUCCGGGACCGGGGCUCGGGCCAGGGCAGGACCCCAGAGCCGGGAAGGGGUGGAAGGGGCAGAGCCCUGGCAGCAGCCCCCCACCCCCCGAUCCGUGAGUCCAGUGGGGAGCCCGGGGGUGGGAGUGAGGGUCGGCACCAGCUGAGAUCCGUCCUCACUGCCGAGAAGCCUCGUGGGGGGCGCUGACCCCCCCCCCCCCCGCCUGCGCAGGCACAUCCCUGUCCCGUGGCGUGGCUGUGACGGGUGUGUGCGGUGCCAGAGGUGCCCGGAUUCCCCUUCCGUGUCCUCGAACGGCUCCUGCUGUCACCGGGACGGGGCACCUCUGGGCUCCUGAGCUGAAAUUAGCUUCCAGAAAUAGCUCCCUUGUCCUUCAGAGCCCAGCACGGGCAGCCCCAGGCUGGGGCUCGCUGACCCCGCUCUGCUGUACAUAUCCGAGUAGUUUUUAAUUCUUUUGUGAAUACUCUUUAAUGCUAUUUUUGUUAUCUUGUCUGUCUGUAUUUAUGUGUGGGGCCGUGCUCCCUGCAGAGGCCACGGUGGGAUGGGGUCGGGGGGAGGGCACCAGAGGCUCCUCCCGCAGGGAACGGGACCAUUAGCAAUUAUCCCAUUGAGCGCUUCGGUUUGGCAGGUGGAGGUGAGUCCACUAAUAAAGUCUUUGUCCUGGAA